AUGGCCCUCUAUUCGGAACCUCCAGCUCUUCGCGAAUUCAAAUAUGACAAGCCCACUCUACUCGUUUGCUGGUGGGCAACAUCAUUCUGCACACUCAUCAUCCUCCUGCGGCUUGCUGGCCGCUUUAUACGAACCGAACGAUUAUUCACCGAGGACCGUGUCGCUGCCUUAGCCUUGAUUCCUCUCUAUGCCCGGAUGGCAUGCGUUCACUACAUUCUCAUCUACGGAACCAACAAUGCUCAAUUUGACGGUGUCGAGCUUACAGCUGAGCAACUGCGCCAGAAGGCUAUUGGUAGUGGCCUUGUACUCGCUAGCCGGAUCUUCUACGCGGCAACCUUAUGGAUACUCAAGUUUGCAGUUCUUGAGUUCCUUCAUCGCCUAACCCGCGCAACUUGGGAACGGUCAUGGCAAAGAUCUUUAUAUGUUAUCCGCGUCAUCCUAGGAGCCACCUUUGUUGCCGUACUUCUCAGCGACUUUGUUGAAUGCCGACCUUAUAAGAACUAUUGGCAGGUCGUUCCUGAUCCUGGCGGCCAAUGCCGUCAAGGAUACGUGCAGCUUCUCACCAUGGCAGUGUGCAAUGUUCUCACCGACUUGCUGCUCGUCAUAUUCCCCAUCCCAAUUAUUGUGACCAGCGGAAUGACUGUCAAGAGGAAGAUACAACUCGUGCUUCUCUUCUCGCUUAGUUUGUCGGUUGUGGGGGUUACUCUAUAUCGAGUACCGCACAUCAUCGAAGAUCACGGCCGCCAGCAGUAUCGAUCGCUUCUAGCCUCGGUCGAAAUUCUUUUUGCUACAGCGGCAGCUAACUCCCUGGUAUUGGGAUCUUUCAUGCGUGAUCGAGGUCUUAAAAAGCAGAAAUUUCGCCGCCUAUCCCUCGCCGAAUCCCUCGAUCCCUCUCUCAAUCUCCGCCGACCAACUCUACAACGACAUUGGGGAAGUGAUGAAGAUCUAGUGCGGGAUGUUGGCAUGACUGUCGACCCAGAACUUCAGGACCAGCCUGAUAAUUCAAGCGAAAAUGGUACUUUGCAAUACACUCCUGCUCCUCUUAUUCGCAAACUGGAUCAAGACCUCGAACGCUGGCAGUUUCCGAAGAGACAGCGCAGCAAUGCGGAACAUAGCGACGACUCCUUAAUUCCCCAUGAUCCCCUUUCUCAAUCAAAGAACGAGGCCAGUGUACCGCCAAGAAGAGUCUCUUUCUUUGAUGUCGGCGGUUUGCUGGAUGGUCCUGAAAGUUCUGGAGGCGUGCGAGCAAAUAGCCGCGAUUCGUCCAAAGAAGACUCAGCGCAAUCCCGUACACCUCCUGCGUCAUUGCCAGCUAGUUCAGGGGGGUUCCGCCGAGGGUCAACCGCCCUACUUCAGGAUCUAGGUGGUCUUUUUGGACCAACGACCACAAGGCAACCCCGAUCUAAGUCAAGAACUGGGGGCACAGAAUUGCAACCGAUCCCUCAAUCUAGACCAGAGUCGCGAUAUGACACAUCUGAACAACCAGGGACAGAGCUGAGGGAUCCCGGUGGCCUUCUCAGCUGA